AUGGCCAUUUGGUUUACGCAGUGCACUGCCAGGCUCAGAAGAUCGACUAAAGCGAACGUGUAUCAAUUACCUUACAAACUGAGGUCCUUGGGCGUGCCUGGCAUAAGGCUUUCAUCUCGUUUUGUUGUGCGGUAUCAAGUCGUUACUGAACAGCCUCGAGACGAAGCGGGUUCAUUCGUGAAUAUGAGCCUUUCCCCUCAGUACAGCUCAUACACAAUCCUCCGACGUGACGUCGUUAAUCGUACGACUAUGCAAGGACGCAGCUUGUGCCUGAUUCAUAUUGGAGCGACCACCCUCAUAAGGAAAUUCAGAAUCUCAGCUGCCUUAAUUGACUGCUCCGACGGAAAUGCCAAGUGCGUGCCUGGACCAGGCAACUAUUUGGACCGUAAAACGCAUGUAAUCAGCGCAGCUCAAGGCUACCCCUACUCCAUAGUGGGGCGCCGUUAA